CAACUUCAGCCUUUAACUUUGAGUUGGAGGGAGUCGAGCUGUUUAUCUUCAGUUAAAGAAAGCAAAACCGAAUGGGAACUUUAUGCUGUAGCAGAGCAUUAGUGUACAGGCCAGACAACAAAUUAAGAUUCAAGCACUCUUUAAGGACCAAUGUACCCAAUAGCUCAUGGAAGAAAAAAAUCAAAUCAGGACAUCCUUGGUUUCCAGGCUACCGAAAUAUGGAACGAAAACUUUAGGAAGUGUUUUGCAACCUAUGCCGAAUGGGACGGCUGUUAGUUUAGCAGGCAAUAAUGGUGGCAAAAGUUUUGGCAAGCACAAUGGCACUGUUCGCAUGUCUUCCUUUUCUUUCAAUUGGAAAAAAUCAAAUAAAUAUCAACUUCAUGAUCAAAAUGGGAGAGAGACAAACUCUAAGCAUAACUGUAAUGAAAAAUUAAUUGAUUCUGAGAAGUAUUCUCAAUCUCAAGGAGCAUUGGGUAAUGAUGUGCUCAGGGUGGGCUUGAACAGUACUGCUUCGGUUGCAUCAAAAGCAGCAAAGCAAACCAAUAUGUUUGUAUCUUCUACUGAGGAAUUAAACCCAAAGUCUUUGCCUGGACUCUCUAGUUCAGCAAAAUUCGCCAAAGGUACCCUGUCAGGAAGGACCUCAUAUUCUGGACUCAAUGCUCCAAAAUCACAUUUAAAUGGAUUUUAUGGAAAUAGACCAGUCGUAGGUUUGCAGAGACCUAGAGCUAAUUCCAGUGCCACAAGGACAAGUUCAGGAGAAAGCCUGGCACAAUCUACAGACAAUAGCAAGGCUUUUUCCUGUGAAAAAAUGGUAAGAUCACAAAGUUUUUCACAUUCCAUUCAGAAUUCUUUCCUUCCCACUGCAUCUUUAACCAGGUCACAUUCCUUUAAUAAAGCUGUGGAUCUUACAAGGCCUUAUCAUAGUCAAAAUCUAGCUGCCAGGACAUCUCAGAGGUCGACUUUGUUGUCAAGAAAUGCACGUCAGUUGGAUGUACCCAAUGGAAAUGAACCUAUGAAGUACGGAUUUACCAGGCCCUACUCCGGUAUGUCAGCUCCUUGUUCAAAGAAGCCCCCACUGUCGAAUGGAUCUGGGUCAGCACCUUCUUUUGGAUACAGAUUAAAUCGGCCUUCUCUGCUGAAGCCUACCAGGCAGCGAUUUGCUGGAAAUAUCGUGAAUGGCAGCAAAAGUACAACUCCUGACACGUGCAUUGUGGAGAACUCUGAAAUUUCAACAAAUAUUAAUAGAGCAAUUGAGAAAAACAGUAUUAUAGAGAGCAAUGCUCAAAGAACGGAUUCUGAUGAGGGCCUGCAUGAAAGUAUGGGAAAACAUGGGUCAAAAGUCAUGUGUAUGAGCGAUGAUGGAGAUGAAAUAUCUAUAUCUUCUUUGUCAUCCUCUGAAAAAAAUGAUUUGAGUGAAGACUUCAGUGAUGAUUUCAUAGAUAUAGAAGACCCAAACAGAACUAUACAAAUACCGCAAAAGGAGAGCUGCCUUCAAGAAUUAGAGCAUGGGAGUAUAACGUCGAUCGAGCCGUUCACUUCUCUCAAGGAAAGUGGCUGUAAUGCUGAUGACUGGCUUGAUAUAAACGUGUCUGCAGUGGAUGACAACAGUGAAAGCACAAAGCAUACUGCUGAGAAUGUGAUUUCUCCAGAGAUGAAUUACAGAGCUGGGUCCUCUUUUGAGCUUUCUCCAUCUGACAGCUCUGAUGGCACGUAUAUGUGGGAUGAAGAAGGGUUGGAACCUAUUGGAAGUGUACAUCCAUGUGGAAGUUACGAAUCUUCAGAAAUGAACAGCAUAGAUAUCUUGAAUAAUCUUGAUUCAUGUGAUCUUGAAGAUGAUGAUCUCAUGCUUGAUGUGGACCUGCCUGAGGACCCACCUCAUGACAAAGAGGAAUGUGAAAAUAUGAGCCGUUAUGAUAGACAAGACAGAAAUGCUAGGCAACAUCAGGAAGGAUUCUGGAAAAGAGCACCACAACAGCGAUGGAAUACACAGGAUCACUAUCAUCUUGGCCAUACUGAUCACUAUAUCCAUGGCAAAAAUGAUUUGAACAGGGGAUCAAACUACCUAGAAUCUCCUAUUGGUCACUUUGAAAGCUAUGGAGCACCAAAUUUUUACCAGGCUCCUAGACAGCUGGUGGGCUUACCGGACAAUACUGUGAUGCUUGACGAAAUGACCCUUCGGCAUAUGGUCCAAGACUGCACAGCUGUAAAAACUCAGUUACUGAAACUGAAGAGAUUACUGCACCAGAAUGAUGAAAACGUGUCACUCCAGGACAUCCCACUCUCAGUUCCAUCAAGUCCAGAACCUCAAGAACCCGAGUCAACUUUUAAGAUGGAUGAUCUGCUGAAUGAGAUCAGGCAGCUUAAAGAUGAACUGAAGAAAAAGAAUGAAACAAUCAACCAAUUAGAGCAUCAACUUGCCACUAGAUGUAACUGCCAGAAAGACAGUCAAAAACCUACAGGGGCAACGUGCAUGUAUGCUGAUAAAUUUACACAAACCUCCUGGAGGAGGAGUUCUCCUCAAGUACUACAGCCUUCCAGCAGCCUUCCCAGUUCCACAGACCUCGCCCAGGGAAAACUAAUAAAAAUGCCACAUAUCGAGGCCCACAGUGAAUAUCCUAAACAUGGUCUGCAUGAAAAUAGCAAUCAUCAGAAUCAAAACGCUGCAGAUGUGUCUCUCACAAAUAGCCUGAAUGAUGUAAACUCUUUAAUGAGCAUACAGUUAAACAUAAAAGAUGAGAAUGCAUCAUAUUUGGAAAAUUUGAAAAAUCAAAAUACUGAAGACCCUGGAGAGGUGGCUAUUAAUAAAGAAGGUACAUUACCAUCUCGUUCCUGUUUUCAGACCUCUACACGAGCUGAUGCUAGAGGGGUGCAGACUGAAUUAGCUGUGAAAGGUCAACCUUCAUUCACAAAUCAGGCUUCUCGGCCAAAGACUUUAAGAAUUGCAAAGCCCCCAAAUGCUUUAGUGCCUCCUACAAUGGCCGUUCUCGCACGAUCUGCAAAUCAUUCCGCUGCUUCCAAGGAACGUGAGCUUCUACCAUUAAGUAGUUCGACUCGGCUACAGCCAACAUCUGGUCAGGAUAACCUAAGGGGUAAACAGAGUCAGAAAGUGUCUAAACUUCGUCCACCAAGUAUGUCCUUUGCUAAAUAUAAGCAAGUGAGCAGUCAAAAACCCACACCAGUAUCUCCAGAGUCUCAAAACACCUGUUUGAAGACUAACAUCCCAAAGCCACCAUUACAGAGAAAGGAAAAUGUGCAGACACAGAAUACCAGUUUGCAUUCUGGGGAUAGUUUGCCCUCUAAUCGGCAUUCCCGCCUCCCUAAACCAAAGACACACUGAGAACGUACCUACAUCUCA